AUGGGGUUUUUCUACUUCUUUAAUUGUAUGGCUCUCGCUGGUGGACCUCAUGUCCUUGCUUACAGAGCUGCUGGAUUAAAAGAGCACGAUGCAUUUUGGCGAUGCAUCCAGGUCAUACUUAUAUACGGGGUUUUUCAACUGGCAAGGAUGUUCCUGGCAACAUUGGUAUAUUUCAACUUUGAUACGCUGUCACCCGCUGGCCUAUUUAAUUACGAACUGCUGGGAGUUUUGAUUAAUUUGCUUGCCGUUCGUUUCACGUAUUCUCGUAUGUUUGGUCGAAGCGAAAUCGCUGUUUUUCUCGGAUGCAUUGGCUGGUCAUAUGGAGACUUGAUUUUCACAAAAAUUGUUCCUAUCUGGACUGGAACCCGUCUUCUGGAGUUCGAUUGGGCUUAUAUUGCCUUGAGUCUGGACGCCAAUUUCGAGCUGAUUUUUAACUUUGUCAUUUUUCUGACACCGUGGUUACUGAUGCGCAAGGGGCGAAAUGUUCUGGCCACUUGCGUCUCAGUUAUUAUCUUCAUCGUCGCUUGCUUUCAUCUCUCCAUUUUUGGGCUCAUCGAACAACAGACCGAAAACCUUUUCUACGUUAUCGUAGUAAAGUUGCUUUUUACGCUCUCGGUGGGCUUCGUUGGUCUCCUGUUGAAGAUCACCUGGACCACUGAAGCCUCGUACGAGUCAAAAAAGCAGUCGGACGACCCUCUAUCUCUAUUCAAGCACAUCAAUAAAUGGGGCACCCUCCGUCUACAAACUCUUCGCAACGCACUGACGAAUGCAAGUACUCAACGCACCACACUGGGACGCAGAAAUGGCUAA